GGGUCAGUGUUCCUCCUCUACCCCACCCCUCCGCCGAGACCUCCAAAACGUAACCCCCCGCGCUCUCCUCAUUUCGCAUCACUCUCGUCCGAGUGCAGCGACGCUCUCUCGCUCUACCUGCCGCCCCCCUCCCCCUUGCCGGUGGACUCCCCGCGCCUCAUCCCGGCGACCUCCCGUUGAGUUCCACAGCUCGGAAGCUGCGCUUUUUUUUUUCUUGACCGCCUGACGCUCUAAUUGGGACCCGGCUCAAGAUGCCAGAGCCUCCGAAGAAAGAUGAGACGGCAAACGGACAGCCGGAAGAAAGUGUCGCGCCAGACAGUAACGGUGCCCUGCCCCCCUCUGUGAUUGCCCUGGAGGUCUCUCCGCCCCCAGAGGAAGCCAAUUCACUCAAGAAACUGUCAAUUGACCUGCCUAAUGAUAGCGUCCCUGUUACCUCCAUGGGGAGAAAAGACUCAGUGUGGUCUUUGGGUGAAUCCCAACCCCCAGAGGAACUGGAAAAGUCCAUCGAGAACCCACCGGCAGAAAAGCCAGCUGAGAACCCACCGACGUCCACCCUGCUAUCAGAAAGACCCGUGAGCGGCACGGUGACAGUCGGUGGGGACAUCACCUUUGUCGCCAAAGUGGAAGCGAAAGACCUUCUCCGUAAACCCACCAUCAAGUGGUUUAAGGGAAAGUGGAUGGACUUGGCCAGCAAGACAGGAAAGCACCUGCAGCUCAAAGAGAUCUUUGAUCGCAACACCAAGGUCUACACAUUUGAGAUGCACAUCAUCAAGGCCAAGGAGAAUUACGCGGGCAAUUACAGGUGCGAGGUCAGCCUCAAGGACAAGUUUGACAGCUGCUCCUUUGACCUGGAAGUGAAAGCUGGGGGAUCGCAAAGUAUCGAUAUUCGAUCUGCUUUCAAGAGGAGCACUGAUGGCCAAGAAGACGCAGGGGAGCUUGACUUUAGUGCUCUCCUUAAACAUAGGGAGCACAAACAGCAGGAUGGUGCUCCCGAGGUGGACGUUUGGGAGAUCCUGAAGAACGCCCGCCCGGAUCAAUAUGAGAAGAUCGCCUUCACGUAUGGUAUUACGGAUCUGAGAGGCCUGUUGCGUAGAAUGAAGAAGAUUCCCAAAGUGGAGAAAAAGAGCGAAGCCUUUGCCAAAAAACUGGAACCUGCGUAUCAGGUAGAUAAAGGUGGCAAGAUCCGCCUUGCUGUUGAUCUGACUGACCCCACGGUCGACCUGAAGUGGUACAAAAACGGAGUGGAGAUCCGUCCCAGUCCCAAGUACAUUUUUGAGCAUAAGGGCACAGAAAGGAUCCUGGUCAUCAACAACUGUGCUCUGAAUGACGACGCAGCAUAUUCUGUGGCAGCAGGAGAAGAGAAGUGCUCCACAGAGUUGUUUGUCAAAGAAUUGCCAGUCAAGAUUACAAAAGGUCUCGAGCCCGUGACGACCACAGUGAAUGAGAGGGUUGAGCUGAUGUGUGAGGUGACAGAGGACGGCGCCCCAGUCAAAUGGAUGAAGAAUGGUGUGGAGAUUCCAACAGGGGUUCGCUCCAGAUACAGAGUCAAGUGCGAGGGAAACAAACACUACCUGGUGAUCGACGACGCAUCCCUGGAAGAUACCGGGACGUACUCCAUCAUGGCUUCUGGUGGCUCAUCGGAGGCUCAUGUACAGGUUGACUUGAAACCACUGAAGAUCCAUCAAGACCUGACGGAUACAAAAGUUUUGCUGGGCAAGCCUCUCAAACUGCAAUGCGAGAUCUCUCCAGGAAACGUCCCAGGCCAAUGGUACCGCAACGGACAGCUGAUCCAGGAAACCGACCGCAUCAAGAUUUCACACAAAAAUAGGGUUCACGAACUUUCAAUUGAAGUUAGCUCACUUCACGAUUCUGGAGAUUACACUUUUGUACCUGAGGGGUACUCACACAGUCUAUCUGCGAAGGUUAAUGUCAUUGACCCUCCAAAGGUGCACCUGGAGGGGUUGAACUUCAUAGACAACACUGUGACAGUUGUAGCUGGAAACAAGAUGCGCUUGGAGAUCCCCAUCAGUGGAGAGCCAGCCCCCAAGGUGGUGUGGAUGAAAGGUGAAAGGGUUAUCGCCGAGACGGGCAACCGAGUCCGAGCGGAAACGUACGUUGACCAGACGAGCCUGACAAUUGAUAUCACGGAGCGCGACGAUUCGGGCACCUAUAAAUUAGUCCUUCAAAAUGAGGCCGGAGAAGCCUCAGCUAGCAUCAAGUUGAAGGUUGUAGACAUCCCUGAUUCUCCAGAGGUGCCUUUGGUCCCCGUGGUUGGAGGCGAUUGGUGCUCCAUGACAUGGGAGCCACCCAAAUAUGAUGGGGGUUCACCCAUUUUAGGCUACUACAUUGAGAGAAAAAAGAAGCAGAGCUCAAGAUGGAUGAGAAUUAACUUUGACCUCAUCAAAGAGACAACGUACGAGCCCAAGAAAAUGAUUGAAGGCGUCCCAUAUGAAGUGCGGAUAUUUGCCGUCAAUGCCAUUGGGGUGUCCAAGCCCAGUGAACCAUCCAAAGCUUUUACCCCGCUCGCGGUGACCAGUGAGCCCACCAUGCUGGUGGUGGAUGACGUGACUGACACGACAGUGACCGUCAAGUGGCGUCCUCCAGAAACCAUCGGAGCUGCUGGUCUCGACGGGUACUUGGUGGAGUACUGCCUCGAAGGAUGUAAGACAACCCGUUCCCCCGCAAACAAGAACUCGCUGGGCUAUCCUGGACAGAAUUCAAGGUUAAAAAGAUGCAAUGUUUCUUUUGCGACAGCUGAAGACUGGGUACCAGCCAACACUGAACUGAUAGAUAAGACAAAAUACACCAUCACAGGCCUGAAGCCCGAUUCCAAAGUCUUCAUUCGAGUCAAGGCCGUCAAUGCUGCGGGAGCUAGUGCUCCACGAACCACUCAGCAUGCCAUUCUUGUCAAGGAAGUUAUCGAACCACCCAAGAUCCGGGUCCCCCGACACCUGAAGCAGACUUACACUCGACGGGUUGGCGAAACUCUCAACCUUGUGGUGCCAUUCGUGGGCAAACCGAGGCCGAAAGUGACUUGGUUGAAGGACGGUCAACCCAUUGAUCCUGCCGCCGUGAGCAUUCGGAACACCGACUGCGAAAGCAUGAUCUUCAUUCGUAAAGCAGAACGGAGUCACUCUGGGAAGUAUCAAAUGAAGGUGCAGGUCGAAAGCCACGAGGACACGGCUGACAUGGACAUCCAGAUCAUAGACCUCCCUGGUCCUCCUCAGAUGGUGAAUAUCGACGAUGUCUGGGGAGAAAAUGUAUCUCUGUCCUGGACUGCCCCUCGAGAUGAUGGCAAUGCGGCAAUAACAGGCUACACCAUUCAAAAGGCAGACAAGAAGACAAUGGAAUGGUACACGUGCCUCGAGCACUACCACCGCAUGACCAUCGCUAUCACCGAACUCGUGGUCGGUAACGAGUACUACUUCAGGGUCUUCUCUGAGAACAUGUGUGGACUUAGCGAGUCGGCCACCCAAACCAGGAAAAGCGCCCUCAUCCUCAAAGAAGACAUGAAGUUGAAAAUCUUUGAAUUCAACGACCACGACUUCAACGAGGCUCCCAAAUUCACCCAGCCGCUCAUCAACACGUUUGGCAUUGCCGGCUACAACACCACUCUUAACUGCAGCGUGCGUGCCCACCCCAAGCCCAAAGUGAUCUGGAUGAAGAACAAGAUGAUCAUCGGCGAGGACCCUCGCUACCGCAUGUUUAGCAACCAGGGCGUGUGCACGCUGGAGAUUAGGAAACCCAGCCCUUACGACGGCGGCAUGUACACCUGUAGGGCCAGCAACGACUUGGGGGAAGCCCAGGUGGAGUGUAAACUGGAGGUCAAGGUCCAAACUCAAGAAUUAUGAAUGUUUGUUCUCACAUAAGGAGGGUUCACCUUCUAUGAACUCAUGCAACGCGGCGUGCCCCUGCACCUGAUUGACAAGUACAUGACAGAGACGAAGGUUGUCGAAGAAGACAAGUAGAGAUUUGUCGAGCUUUAGCUGCAAAACCUGCUGCCGCGAGUGACACCCCUCUUCUCUCACCUACACCUAACCACUACGGGAGGCCAGCAGUCUGGAUGCGGGGAUGGAUGGAGGAGUGGACGGGGGGGGGGGGGGGGGGGGAAGGAGGACGCACUGGUCUUUGUGUGGCAUGCUGUGUCACCCUCUGUUUUCCUAUUUGUACGUCUCAAUCAGCUCGGAUGCAUGUCAGCAGCUCUUAUUGUUUUGCUAACGUGUGGAAAACAUUACGAAUACAAAACUACAAUGUUCUUUAUUUUGGUGAGGGUACUCUGAGGGGCGGGGCAUGUAUCAACAAAUGUUUGUUUUGUCUUUGUAUGGAGUCUGAAGAAAACUGUUGGCUAAACGAAUGUGUCGAUGACUCAAGAAGAGGGCAAAGCGGAUGGGAAGAAAAAAAAAAAGAAAAGUGGUUGAUUCUGCAUGAAAUCUUGUCAUUUUUCGGAUUAUUAUUAUUGGUGACUGGGGAAAAAAAAUUGAAGCUCGGUAAACAUGCGCAUGCCUUUGUAAUUAUGACUCAUGGAUUACAAUAAAUGGCGAUUUUAACUAUG